CCUGUUUCUCAUGCUCCUGCUUGUCCUCUCUUCUUAAAUGUGGGUGAUACUGUAAGUCAUGGCUCAAGAAGAAUAUAAGGUCCUCAGUGAUCUUUUGUUUACAUACAGAAGAAGUGUUUUCCCACUAAAGUAUACAGAAAAUCUGACUAAGGAAUAUAUUGACAGCUUGGAGGACUUUGAAAUCAGAGAUGAUGAUGUUUUCCUUGUUACUUUCCCCAAAUCAGGAACGGUGUGGACCCAGAGGAUCAUGACCCUCAUCUAUGAAGACGAGUUACCAGAGAUGAAAGAAAUGAUUACAUACCUCCAAGUACCCUGGCUAGAGUAUCCAGUCAUCGGGGGUUACGACACCCGCCGCUCACCACGCCUCUUUGCCACCCACUUGCCGUACCACAUCAUGCCCAGCGGUAUCCAAAAAAAGAAGGCCAAAGUCAUCUAUGUAUUGAGGAAUCCUAAAGACACAAUGGUCUCCUACUUCCACUUCGCCAGGUUCGUUAAGAACGCGGAGCCCAUCGAAGACUUUGAUGAGAUGAUUGACAAGUUCUUCAGUGGAUGGAUGAUUGGAGGUUCCUGGUUUGAACAUAUACAUGGAUGGCACAACAACCAGGACAAAUUUAACAUUCUCUUCCUCAGCUAUGAAGACAUGAUCAAGGACCUGAGGUCGGUGGUAGUGCGUAUAUGUGAGUUUUUAGGCAAGAACCUGUCAGAUGCAUCUAUCGACAGAAUUGUUGAGAAGGUGACCUUCAGGAACAUGAAGACUGACAACCUGGCCAACUAUGAGUUCCUGCCAGACAACCUUGUGGACAAAACCAAGGGAAAGUUCUUGAGGAAAGGGACUAUUGGUGACUGGAAGAACUCACUGACAGUGGCACAGAGUGAGCGUUUUGACGAAGUCUUCAAUGAGAGAAUGAAGGACCUCCCACUCAAAUUCAUCUGGGACAUCACUGAAAUCCAGAACUAAAUCUCUCCACAAGACAUUAAUGAGAGGACAACAGAAGAAAAUAACAUCCCUCCUCCCAAACUCAAAAAAA